AGUAAGAAUUUGAGUCCGAGGAGUAGCGUCUCUGAGAUGGAUAGUUCGGAAACAUAGUAUUCGUAAUUUACUUGCAAGCUUAAGUUUUUGCCUCAGCCAGAGCUUUUAACUACUACCUGUUGGAUUUUUGUUUUCUGGGUCUUGUUUGGUUUGGUUUCUCAAUCGAGGUGGCAGACAUGGGUUUUCCCCUCAGCUCUCUUUUGAUGAAGUUAGAGAUGGUUUCCACAUCUGAUCAUACCUCUGUGGUUUCAAUGAAUAUUUUUGUUGCUCUCCUUUGUGCUUGUAUCGUGCUUGGUCAUCUACUGGAGGAGAACCGAUGGAUGAAUGAGUCGAUUACUGCUCUAGUAAUUGGUCUUUGUACAGGAGUCACCAUUCUACUAUUUUCUGGGGGGAAAAGCUCUCAUAUUUUAGUCUUCAGUGAAGAUCUCUUUUUUAUAUAUCUUCUUCCUCCAAUUAUAUUUAACGCUGGGUUCCAGGUGAAAAAGAAGCAAUUUUUUCGCAACUUCAUGACAAUCAUGCUGUUUGGUGCUGUUGGUACUUUGAUAUCCUUUGUCAUCAUCUCAUUUGGUGCCAAAGAACUGUUUAAAAUGAUGGAUAUAGGUUCCUCCCUUGAUAUAGGGGAUUAUCUUGCAAUUGGAGCAAUCUUUUCUGCGACUGAUUCCGUUUGCACCUUGCAGAUUCUCAAUCAGGAUGAGACCCCUUUACUCUAUAGUCUGGUAUUUGGGGAAGGUGUUGUUAAUGAUGCCACAUCAGUGGUACUCUUUAAUGCAAUUCAGAGCUUUGAUCUCACGCACAUCGACUCCAGCAUUGCUUUGCAGUUUGUUGGCAAUUUCUUUUAUUUAUUUCUGACAAGCACCAUGCUUGGAGUUUUUGCUGGAUUGCUAAGUGCAUUUAUUAUCAAAAAGUUGUAUUUUGGAAGGCACUCUACUGAUCGUGAAGUUGCACUUAUGAUACUCAUGGCCUACUUAUCUUAUAUUUUGGCUGAGUUGUUCUAUUUAAGUGGUAUCCUCACUGUAUUCUUCUGUGGGAUUGUAAUGUCCCACUAUACUUGGCAUAAUGUGACUGAGAGUUCAAGAGUCACCACCAAGCAUGCCUUUGCAACAUUGUCAUUUAUUGCUGAGAUAUUUAUCUUUCUUUAUGUUGGUAUGGAUGCAUUGGACAUCGAGAAGUGGAGGUUUGUUAGCAGCAGUCCUGGAAAAUCAGUUGGAGUGAGUUCGAUACUCCUGGGCUUGGUUCUGGUGGGACGAGCAGCUUUUGUCUUUCCAUUAUCAUUUUUGUCCAACUUAUCUAAGAAGCCUCAUGAAAAAAUUCACAUCAAGCAGCAAAUUACAAUAUGGUGGGCUGGACUCAUGCGGGGGGCAGUAUCUAUUGCACUUGCUUAUAAUCAGUUUACUCGGUUGGGCCAUACUCAAUUGCUUGGGAAUGCUAUCAUGAUCACCAGCACCAUCACAGUUGUCCUUUUCAGUAUGGUGGUUUUUGGGUUGUUGACUAAACCUCUAAUCAGGAUCCUACUCCCUUCACCAAAACCUUUGAGUAGCAUCCUGUCCUCUGAGCCAUUGAGUCCAAAAUCUGUCACCACCCCACUUCUUGGAAAUGGGCAACAUGAUUCUGAAGCUGAUCUUGGUGGCCGUGAUAUCCCCCGCCCAACCAGCUUACGCAUGCUCCUAGCUACCUCAUCUAACACCGUCCACCACUAUUGGCGUAAAUUUGAUGAUGGCUUUAUGCGUCCUGUGUUUGGUGGCCGAGGAUUUGUACCCUUUGUCCCUGGCUCACCAACCGAACGGAGUGUCCCACAAUGGUAAUAAGAAGAAAACGGCUGAGAAA